AAAUAUCACAACUUUUUUUUUUUUGGGGGGUAAAGAAGAGAUCAUAACUUAUUACAAAGGGAAGUGAUUCCAAAGGCAUAUCUUCCGUUCUGUCUAAUCUUAUUCUUUGUUUAAAACCCCUCUUUCAUGCGCAUUUCUCUUGUUUAUAAAUUUGUUGCUUCUUCUCUAAGUUUGCUGAGUCCUAAUCUCUAUCUAGCAAAGUGAGUAGGUACAUACGUAUAAAUAUAGAGAGAGAGCGUCAGAGAUCAGAGAAAUGAGUUUUGGCUCCUUCUUAUCUACUCUCACAUACUGUUUGUUCCUUCGCCAUCCACAUAAAAAGUCAAAGCUCAAUAGUGUGAGCCACCAUAACUAUUACCACACCAAGCCAAUGUCUCGUCCACUUUCUUUACAGACAAUAGACUUGAAAGUAAGGAUGUGCUGCAGUGGAUGUGAGAGGGUGGUCAAGCAUGCCAUUUACAAGCUGAGAGGGGUGGACUCGGUGGAGGUGAACCUGGAGAUGGAGAGAGUAACGGUGGUUGGGUACGUAGAGAGGAAGAAGGUUCUCAAGGCGGUGAGAAGAGCCGGUAAACGAGCCGAGUUCUGGCCCUACCCGGACAUGCCUCGCUACUUUACUUCUUCCGACCAUUACUUCAAAGAUACCACCCGUGAGUUCAGGGAGAGCUACAACUACUAUCGCCAUGGCUACAAUCUUAGCGACCGUCAUGGUAACAUCCACGUCACCAACCGUGGCGACGACAAAAUGAGCAACUUUUUCAACGACGACAACGUCCACGCCUGUAGCCUUAUGUAAUUACCUCUCUUUUUAGGUAUCUAUGUGUUUAUACAUGUUGUAUCGUUUAUAUAUAGGGUUGAUUAAUUAGUUUUUAUGCAUAAGCAUAAGUGAGACAAGAAAAAGGAACACAAUUAUUUUGCUGUUUUAUGUUUUAUAUAAACAAAAAAAAAUCUCCGAAGAUGUAUCUACUUUUACAUGGUAUCAAACUCGGUCCUUUCCUA